AUGGAGAAGUUUUUGGUCAGUGCUGCCUUGUGCAUGCUUUUGCUCUAUGUUUCCAUGAACUUCACCAAUGCGGUUGAUAAUGAUGGAGCGGAUACAGAAGAUCCUAGAAGAGUUCUAGUACAUACAUGUGUUCAGUACAUAUAUCAGCCAGGAUGUCAACCAUCGUACUGCUCGAAAUAUUGCCGCACAGCCCAACCCACAGCAGUAAAGUCACGAUAUCUCAGCAUGCCAGAUUUAGUAGACCAGCGUAGACUUCACUUGUACUCCCCCACCCCCCCACACAAAUCCUCAAUCUACCCACGCCCAACAUAUACCCCGAACCCCAACCCCACUGCCUACCGCCGCACAGCAGAAACCAACCACAGAGACGGCGGAGGAGCUAUGUUCAGGGACGUGUCGGCAUGCAAUACCUACAACUACGGUGACGCCCUCUACUGGGACGCCCGUUACAUCCAAGAUGCCAACUCUGGUUCCUUUGAUUGGUACCAACGCUAUUCUGCGCUCCGCCCUUUUGUUCGUAAAUACAUCUCUCCUACUUCUCGCGUUCUCAUGGUGGGCUGCGGCAAUGCUGUUAUAUCAGAGGACAUGGUUAAGGAUGGUUUUGGAGAUAUUAUGAACAUCGACAUAUCGUCAGUGGCUAUUGACAUGAUGAGAAAGAAGUAUGAGAAUGUCCCUCAGUUGAAAUACAUGCAAAUGGAUGUUAAAGAUAUGAGUUUCUUUCCUGAUGAAUCAUUUGAUAGUGUCAUAGACAAAGGGACUCUUGAUUCAUUGAUGUGUGGCACUAGUGCUCCCAUUAAUGCCGCUCAAAUGUUGGGGGAAGUGAACAGGCUUCUUAAACCUGGAGGAGUUUAUAUGCUGAUAACAUAUGGUGAUCCUACUGUGCGGAUGCCCCAUAUAAAUCGACCAGUUUACAAUUGGAAAAUUGAAUUAUAUAUUAUACCUAGACCUGGAUUUCAAAAGCCACCCGGUUCCACUUCUCUGAAGACAGGCUUAGAACCCGUUCCUAUGACAGAGAAAGAUGUUGCUGUCAUUAUUUUUUCCAGCACUGGGAAGCUUUUUGAGUUCUCCAGUUCAGACAUGCAAACAAUAAUUUCAAGAUACAGCAAGUCCAUGGAUUCUUCACAGGUUUCUACACCGGAAAUCAAGUCGGAGAAGCAGGAAUCAAAGGAAGCUGAUGUUCUCAAAGAGGAGAUAGAAAAGCUGAAAAUGAAGCAUUUGCGAAUGCUGGGUAAGGACCUUACUGGCAUAGGUUUACGAGAUUUGGGCGAGCUGGAACAACAACUAAAUGAAGGGCUCUUAAGCAUAAAGGAGAGAAAGGAACAAAUAUUGAUGGGGCAACUUGCACAAUCAAGACUGCAGGAAAAACAGGCCAUGCUGGAGAAUGAGACUUUACGCAAACAGGUUGAAGACCUUUGGGACUUCUUUCCAUCCAGAAGUCGUAGUCAGCAAAUUUCUAUUGAGAACUAUCCAGUGGAUUCGGCCAUUAGAGUCGACUCUGUAAGUCCUGAAGCAGUAAGAAAUGGUGGAUUUGAAGAUGGGGACUCAGACACCACCUUGCAAUUGGGGCCCCCGACUGUGGUUUGUCAAAAGAAGAGGAGGAUGCCCGAUGAGGAAACACAACUAAUCAACUCAAAGAAGCAAGCCAGCACAACGUAA